CUUCCACAACAGAUCUCCGCGGUCCUCCAUAAUUUCAUUAGUCUCUAUGUCAGAGUGGUCUCAUGAUAUCAACUCCCACGACGAUUAUCCGAGUUUCACAAGCAGAGGCCUUCACUCACACCUCUCAGCCAUGAGACAAACCCUCAUCAUUCUUCAUGUCACUCACAUACUCGGAUAUUUCUAGGUCGACUUAUACGACGACAGAAAUAUAGUGAAUCGUGGCCAUUAGUCGACGAUGAAUCGCGGUCCGGGGUACUGGAGGGCCUUUAGGGGUUCCCGAGCAGCGUUUAAGAAGCAUGCCAAGUACAGGGCUUGCCAGUCGAUCCUCCUCUGCCUGCUCGUCUUCUUCGUCCUCCACGUCAUUUUCACGUCGUCCGGGAGGCCCGCAUCGACACAAGCGGUUAACAAGCUCAAGAGCCUCACCAAGAGACCAACCGAGGCAGGAGCCAGAACCCAUUUGUCCACAGCAACCCAGGCCAUCCAACAGGAAAUCAAUGCGAAGAUGACUGAAGCCAUAAGCAUCACGGACGGUGCCAGGGCGACAAUUGGCGGUGAUGCAGGUGGUGCUGCGGAGCGGGGCGGAGCAGUAGGGGAAGUAGGAGCGGGAGGCGGAGAAAGGAGAAGCAGAGGUAUGGGAAGCAGAGGAAUGGGAAGCGGAGAGGCGGCAAUUGGUGGGGUGGCAGCAGUGCAUGCAGGGGGCACAGGCGAGGGAUCCGGAGGAGGCAAAGGGCGGGAGACUGGGGCUAGAGGCGAGGGCCGGGGGCAGGAGGAUAGCCGGGGGCGGAAUGGGACGGAGGGGGAUGGUACCGAGGGGGACGAUGUGGAGGGGCUAGGUGGGUCGACGCCGGACAAGCAGAGGGAGUUUGAGCUGCUAGAGGGUCUGCUUAAAAAGGAGAUGGAAUCUCAGGGCGCGGGGGAGGGCUCUGGGGCGGGGGAGGGUGGUGAUGAUGGCAAGGUGGCGUCUGAGUCGACUCAGGGUGGUACUGAGCCUGGGGUAGGGCCGGGAGAAGUGGAAGGUGCAGGGCGUGCAAGGGAAAGAGAGAGUGGGGGGGGGAUGGGAACCGCGAGGGGGACAGGGCAUGCGCAUGCAACAGAGAAGGAGGAGGGAGGAGAGGCCGGGAGUGAGCACGAGCACGUGCACGAGCACGAGCACGAUGAGAUAGCGUCGGUGUUGAGAGCAAUGGGCCAUGCAGUGGGCGACGAUGCUGCUGAUGCUGCUGCUGGGGAUGACGAGGAGCAUCCGUCUGCCACUAGAAUCUCUGGAGCCUCUGCUGCUGCUGCUGCUGCUGAUGAUGAUGAUGAAAACGGUGGCGCUGGUGCUGCUGGUGCUGCUGGGGCUGCUGGCGCUGCUGGUGGUGCUGGUUCUGCUGCUGGAACUGGGGGCCACAGCACGUUGCGUGAGGGAAACAUAGAGCACUCCAGUGCGGCAAUCAAGGAGCGUGGAGAAAGAGAGGAGGGGAAGAGGAGGGGGAGGAGGGAGAGGAAGAGGAGGAGGGCACGUCGGUGGCAGUGGAGAGGGGCCAGUCGGACCAGAGGAAGCAGCUAACUGAGCAGGAGGCUGCCAGGCGGAGUGUGGGGCUGACAGCAGACGGAAGGGUGGCAGCCAAUAGUGGGGUGGCAGCAGGUGCAGGGCUGGCAGCAGGUGCAGGAAGCGAAAUGGGAACGGCUGGUGCAGUAGAAACAGGAGAAGCAGCAGGGGCAGCCGCGAGGACAGCAACAGGGGGAGAAGGUGGGUCUGGGGCAGGAAUAACUGGUCAGGGAGUGACUAGCUGGGGGGGAUUAUCGAGAGGCCAGGACCUUUCAGCGGCUGCUGAGAGAGGGGCAGGUGUGACUGGGACAGCUAUGGCUGAAACAGGCGUGACUGGGACAGGUGUGACAGAGAGAGGGCAAGGAAUGGGUAGCACAGAGCAAGUGGAAACUACAGGUCAAGGCGUGUCCGGGUGGGCG